GCGCAUGCGCGCUGGGGCUCGCGGCUAACGCUGGCGCCGGCGGCGCCUUCAUUCUGUGGUCGGCAAUGGCGGGCUCGGUCUCGCUUGCGGGUUUGCUGGGGUUGCUACUUGUGUCUGCACUGCCCGGGGUCCUCGGAGACCGCCCCAGCCCCGACCUCCGGGCACACCCAGGGGACCCCGCCCAGGUCGGCCCUGAGGCCACGGAACCCCGGCGUCGGCAGCCGCCCAAGGACCAGCGCGAGCGGGCCCGGGCGGGAGCUCUGCCUUUGGGGGCGCUGUACACCGCAGCUGUCGUGGCUUUUGUGCUGUACAAGUGUUUGCAGGGGAAAGAUGAGGCUGCAGUUCUCCAAGAAGAGGCAGGCAAGAAGGAAUCAUUGCAGUCAGAGCAACAGCUGGCCCAGUUGACACAACAGCUGGCCCAGACAGAGCAACACCUGAACAAUCUGAUGGCCCAACUGGACCCCCUUUUUGAGCGUGUGACUACCCUGGCUGGAGCCCAGCAAGAGCUUCUGAAUAUGAAGCUUCAGACCAUCCACCAGCUGUUACAAGACAGCAAGCCAAACAAGGGUGUGGACAUUCCAGAACCAGAGGCCAGCAUACCUUUUCCUGAGGACUUAUGUAUAGAGGAGGAGGCUGGUGACAGUCAGGCCUGGGAGGAGCCCUUAAACUGGAGCACAGAGACAAGAACCCUAGCUACUCCCUGGGAAGUGGAGCAGGGGCUAAGGAGAAGAUGCAGCAAGGCUGUGGGAAGGGCCGCAGUCACAGCCCCCGCUGGCAAGGAGAAAUUACAGCGGAAGGUUUAGUAAAACAAAGUCUGUUCUUGUGACUGGGUACUCCUGUGUGCUUUUUCCAUUCCAGCUGGUCCUACACACACCCAUACUAGGUGCCCAAGAGCAACAGGGCCUUCUUGGAAAGCUUCCCUUAUUAGGAUAAAAAGAGGCCAACUUCCAGUGUGAGAGCUGAGAGAUAGAGGGAGCUCCAGCUCUUUUCCUUGUAUUCCUGAGGCCACCAUCAUGCCAGCCUUCGGGGCACAAAAACCUUUCUUUCUCAUAUCGCAGAGC